AUGCUUCAACGUACCAAGUAUAACCGCUUCAGGAAUGAUUCGGUGACAUCAGUUGAUGAUCUUAUUCACAAUUUGUCCAUGAACAGCAAGGUCUCAGCAGUUGCAGUGACUUCAACAACACCUUCGUACCUUGCCUCGCCAGAAGUUCUCCGCAAGGACCAGGAAGAUGGACCCACCGCCCUGUGUACCCUUAUCCAUAAAGUGUCCCACUUGAAACUCUCUCACACGGGCAGCCUUUGGGGUAUCAAAAAUCUCUCCUCUGCAGUAAAGGAGCUUGCUGUCUCCAAGUUGCAAGGAAGCUCAAGUGCUUCUAGUUCAGCAGCAGGGGCUUCAGACAACACAUGUAACCUUGUCUCUGCCACUUCGUGUUCUCAGCAGGACGUGAGCAAGAUGAGUAUGGGGAAAAAACCACAAUCAGAGGAAAUGCACCUGGGAGGUGAAGACUGGAAUCAAAGUAGCAGCUUUGUCAAUAAACCCCCUCGAGGAUGGCUGCACUCGAGUGAGAAGAUCCUGGGACCCGGUGUGACGUACAUUGUGAAGUACUUGGGGUGCAUAGAAGUCUUACGUUCAAUGAGAUCUCUUGACUUCAAUACUAGAACACAGAUUGCAAGGGAAGCAAUCAGUCAUGUUUGUGAAGCUGUGCCUGGUGCAAAAGGAGCCUUCAAGAAACGAAAG